AUGCAGAUACAGUCCAAUAUAUGUUCCAGUGACUUUGUGUCAAACGAAUGGAUUAAUUAUAUUCAAAAUCGACUGAACUCGACUGAACCAUGCGAUAUAGAUGAUUUGUAUUAUUCAGCAGAUGCGCAGUUUCAGUUACUUGCUUCGAUUUGUGAACUGACACAGGAAACAGUCCGUAGUGCAAUCAAACGAUUAACAGCAAAUAAUCUCAUUAAUAUCGAACUUCUAUCGAGAGCCUCGUUAACGGAACGAAUUCGAAUGAGUAUUGAUCAGCUGCAAAUCACCUCACCAAAUACAUUUCGAACAACAUUCUCCUUAAUUCGCGAGUUUGUCGGUACAAAUAUGCUGCUGAGUGGACCUAGCACCAACUGGGUAAUUAACACUCCAUAUGAGAUUGUCGAGGGAGGAAAAGUCAAUAUGAAGCUAUUGGCUUAUAAUGGGUGUAGCUGUGAACAGUCACCACAAUGCGUUGAGUCAUCGAAAGGAAUGUUCGUCGGUUAUUAUGCAUCGGAGGCUUUUUUGAAAUCAACACUAGCUCGGUUCGAUAGUAAUUCUACGAUCGAAUCACUUGUUGCUCAACUGAUGAUCGAAGAAUAUGCACGAAAUCUGUCCUAUGAAAAGUAUUUUGAACAAUGUGCAGCAUCGUCUUGUACUUAUUCAUAUGUGUUGAAACGUGAUAUGAUUGAAGGGAUAACAUAUUUGCUUGGACUGUAUGGAGGUUUAUUGAUUAUCUGUCGAAUGAUGGCAGUAAUCAUUGUAAAAGUAUUGUUUUGUCGAACUUCAAGAGUCAAUUCUAGUUAA